GUCGGUGUCAGUCAUCAGUAGAUCAAUAUAUUUUUUUAACCCUUUACAUGGUCCAGAUCUUUAUUCCAGCAUGUUUUUGAAAAGAAGCACCUGUCUGCUGGUUUUCCUCGCGUGUUCUCUGACUAUGUGGUGCAAGUCGACCAGCGCAGGCUCGAGCUUCCUCAGCCCUUCACAAAAGCCUCAGAACAGAGGGAAGUCCCCUCCCAGGGUCGGCCGCCAAGUGAUGGAGGAGCCUGGUCACCCCGCUGAGGACAACCACCUCACGAUAAGUGCCCCCUUUGAAAUCGCCGUCACUCUGAGAGAGGAGGACUUUGAGGAGUACAGUGCAGCGCUGCAGGAGAUCAUUCAGCGUCUGCUGGGGAGCACAGAGACAGCAGAGAGACGGUCACAGCUCUGAAGGUCAUGGACGAGACUGACAAAUCUGCUGUUCAUUAGAUGAUGAUCUUUAAUUGAGAGACAUGCUGCUCUCAUUUAUCUCUUCUCUUAAUAUAUUCUUUAGCUCGGGGCUCUUAAAACAUUGUUCACGUAUUCAGAUGGGGCUAAUUAAGUUCACGCUAAAAUCAGUAAGUAAUAAGUAAAACAUUUAAUUGUUUAAAAUUGGGCAAACUUAACUACUCUCCUCAAGGUUAAUAUUAAAUUUCCAAUGUGUAAAAA